CUGAGGGCUGCAAAAAGAGGAGGUGGGGGCCGCCAUUUGCCCAUCCCUGGUCUACUGUAUGAGAAGUAGGGCUUUCACUCUCACAGCUGCUGUGUUAGGGUUAGGGUUACUAAUUGCUCAUGUGUGCCCCCUCAUGGUUGUUGGUGCAUAUUGCAGCUAAUGUUAAAAUCAGUUGGACUCUUUUCCACUCCUCACUGUGCUCCGUGACCACCUCGGAGUCUCCAUCACUGAAUCCCCUCUCUCUUACAAUGAAGUUGGAUUUAAAUGUACUUUUUUUCAUUGUCUGUACUGUCGAGGUCUCUCUUCUUCUGGAAUAUUGUCCAACUGGGUGCCAGUGUGACUGGGACAUCUACAGCGUGUCAUGUUUCGGAGCUGAGGUCAUCCCUCUUUUCCAUUCCAGCACACAGGAGGUGUGGAUGGUGGGGGACUCAGCUUUCCUCCAUUCCUGCAAACGCCAUUCUCCAACUUGGCCAUACAUUUCUCACAUAUACAUCUCAGAUGAUGAUACUUUAAAGUAUCUGGAGAAGCAUUCUUUCCACAACCUGUCCAGGGUCAGCCACAUACAGCUGACUGGUAUCAAAACCCUGUCACACAUCGACCAAGAGGCGUUUAAAGACCUGCCUAAUUUAAAGUACCUAGGAAUCAGCAACACAGGGCUCACUUCCUUCCCUGGGCUUCAAUAUAUUCAGUCCAGCCAGGAUGAUUUUAUUUUGGAGAUAGUGGAGAAUGUCUUCAUUCAGGUGAUACCCGCUAACUCCUUCACUGGAAUAUCUGAGAAUACUCUGACCAUCAUGCUGAAUAGCAAUGGCGUGAAAGAGAUCCAGCGCUAUGCCUUCAAUGGGAGCAGAUUGGAGGAAGUGUAUCUUCACAGGAACGUGGAUUUGGAACGAAUAGACGAAUUCGCUUUUUAUGGCGUGAUUCACGGCCCAACGCAUCUAGACCUUUCAGAAACCAAAGUUAGCUCUCUGCCUUCAAUGGGUAUGGAGACCAUUGAAAAGCUCCAGAUUAAAAACACUUGGGCCCUCAAAGUUCCUCCCCCCUUUAGAGCCUUCCUCCACUUACAGAGCGCUGCAUUGACCUUCCCCAGCCAUUGUUGUGGUCUCAAAAUGUUGAAGAGAUGGAGAGGACACUCUGAGGCCGUUUUUUGCAACCUGACACGGACUGCGUUGAAAAAGCUGCAGGACUCCUCUCAGAAAUAUCCAGUUAACGAAGUGUACCAACAUCUCAAAGAAAGCUCUGCUCCUCCAGCUGAUGGGAGCGGAAAUCACAACCACUUGUACGACAGCCCCACGUGCCCGACUGAACAGGCUCAGAAUGAGGGUUUGUUUUACGUGGAGUUGCCUACAGAGCAUCUCAGUGAAGGGUUUGACUUUGCUCUGUGUGAUGAACUUCGUACGGAUACUCACAGACUCCUUUGUACCCCUCUUCCUGAUGCUUUGAACCCCUGUGAGGAUGUGAUGAGUCAAGGCUUCCUUCGGGUGUUAGUCUGGGUGGUCAGUCUGUUAGCUAUCUCCGCUAACUUCCUGGUGAUGUUCAUCCUGCUGACCAGCCGGCAGAAGUUGUCCGUCACCCGUUUCCUCAUGGGUCACCUGGCGUUCGCAGACUUUUGCAUGGGGAUAUACUUACUGUUCAUAGCAUCUGUGGACCUCUACACACGCUCCCAUUACUACCACUAUGCUAUCGCCUGGCAAACAGGAAGUGGCUGCAAUCUAGCAGGAACGUUAUCAGUGUUUGCCAGCGAGCUAUCAGUGUACACAUUAACGCUAAUCAGCUUGCAACGUUGGCAUGCAAUCUUUUACGCAAUGAGGCCAGACAGGAAGAUGAGGUUACGCCAUGCAGCUGUGCUAAUGCUAAUCGGCUGGUUGCUGUGUUUGAUCCUAGCUCUGCUGCCAGUAGUGGGAGUGAGCAGUUUCCAGAAAGUGAGCAUCUGCUUGCCCAUGGACACUGAAACCACCGCUGCUCGGACCUACGUGGUGUCGUUGCUCAUGGUUAAUGUCGUUGCUUUCAUGGUGGUGUGUCUAUGUUACCUCCACAUCUACUGCAUGGUGCACAAUCCCCAGCACCAGUCCAGCAGAUGCGAUACGACCAUGGCUAAACGCAUGGCGGUUCUGAUUUUCACCAACUUCCUGUGUCUGGCUCCCAUCUGUUUCUAUGGCUUGUUUGCAGCGCUCCACCAACCAUUGAUGACCAUCACAGACUCCAAGGUGCUGCUGGUGCUUUUCUACCCUCUCAACUCUUGUGCGCACCCUUUUUUUUAUGCCAUCCUGACGAAGGCAUUCCACAGAGACAUCCUGAUGCUGCUGAGCCGGAUGGGGCUGUGCCAGCGUCAGGCUCAUCUCUACCGGAGCCAGCAAGUUAAUAUAUACACAGACACCAUGUCCCCCCCACUGUCCGGACCCCACAUCCCAAAAUGUUCAGUGAUCUUCAGGCUACGAGAGGCCCCCAAAUUGUCUUGCAGUAGCAGAUUUAAAAAACACUAAUUCGCUUAUUUUGUUAAUACCAAUUCAAAGAACCUAACACACACACAGUAACAUGUGCCUUUUUAGAAUUUGUAGUCUUCUAAUUUUCUUGUGUCACUAUAUAGCUGGUUGUUUGCUUUUCCAAAAAUAAUGAUCCAAUUAUUAAUCAGCAGGUAUUAACAGUUUAGUAUUUGCAACGCAUUCUUGGAUCCCAUGAAAUGCAAUUGUAUUAAAUUAUAGGUAUUUUAUACUUUUGUAUUGUUCUAAAUGUCAAAUAAAAAGCUUCACACAA